CCCAACAAUUCAAACCAAAGGAGGGAAAAACGAAAAUUUCAUUGUUCUGUUCCAAAGUCUCAAUCCAGUCCCUAAAAAUGGCUGGAGCUUUAAGCCCUAAUCCCAUUCCCAAGCAGCGCCCCCAAAUUCUCUCUCCUGGAAGCCCAUUCUUCUUAGCCUCCAACGAUGACCAACUCGAACGCGCUCAGGCACGCGCCAUCGCUCGUGCCGCCGCUAUUCGCCGCAAAGCAACCACCGUCGUUGCUCCCUCCGCGCCUUCCGAUUCUUCUCCCUGUCUCAAUAAGGAAAAUAUCCUCGAGUUGUUUCAGAAUUGCAUCAAGCUUGCCAGCGAAAAUAAAAUUAAUCAGAAGAAUACGUGGGAGCUAACUUUGAUCGAUCAUCUCUGUGAUAUUAUAAAAGUCGAUGUGGAGAAUGAUGUCGAAACUAAUUUCCAAAAGGCAAGUUGCACCCUUGAAGCCGGAGUUAAAAUAUACUCAAUGAGGGUAGACUCAGUGCACUCAGAGGCAUAUAAGGUCCUCGGAGCAAUUAAACGUGUGGGUCAAGGAAACGAAGAUGGUACUGUGGAAGAUUCCGAUAUUAGCACUGGGCAAGAGGAAAACAAAUUAAAGAAUGAAAAGGAUCGAAAGUUGUCUCCCAUAUCAACACUUGAAUCUUCAUAUGAAGCGCUUAAUGUGAAGAAAUUUGAUGCUGCAUUUGCUAUCGACCCUCUCUAUCAUCAAACAUCUGCUCAGUUUGAUGAAGGUGGUGCCAAGGGUCUUUUAUUAAAUAAUUUGGGAGUGUAUGGUGGUUGUCGGGUACUUUUUGAUUCACUGGAAGUUCCAGCAAAGUGUUCAUCAUGCUUUAAUUCGCAUGAUAAAGAGACAAUUGAUAUUUCCUUUGCUCAAGAAUGCAGUGAAGAGAUGGUUUUGAACAUGUCAAAAAAGUUUGAGAUAUCACCUAGCUUGAGGGAUAUAGUGAACCUCUUUAAUGAUGAUGAUAAAAGAGCUUCAGAUACUUUUUCUCCUGGUAAGAAAUAUGCAGAACAAGUUGAUGAACCUUACAACAGUAGCACUGAUUUCAGUGCAAAUACAUUUGAAAUUGGGGGGACAUGGAAUCUUGAUCACGAUGACCAAAACAAUGUGGAUAAUGAGGGAACUUAUGGUGGAGACCCAAAUUUAACAAGUCAUUAUGAGCAGGAUAAAGAAACAACUGAUGCUUAUGGCCAUGACACAGAUGACAGAAUUGCCGAGAUUGAUGCCUAUUUAUUUUUGAAUUUGGGAAUUCCUUCGAAACUAAAUGCAUGGGCUGGUCCUGAUCACUGGAAGUUUAGGAAAGUUAGAGGUUCGGACAAUGUUAUGAGGGAAACUGGAUCGCCAGUAAUAAUUAAAAAGCCGAAGAAUAAGAAACAAACGAUCACUGAUAUUGAAUUUCUUAAACCAUCGGACAAAGAAAUGUCAGAUGUAUUUGCCCCUCCUAAGAAUCCGAGAGCUCUACUGUUGCCAACAAAUAGGGAACCUUGUAACACAACUCUUCCAGAAGAUUGUCGCUAUCAACCGGAGAGUCUUGUCAAGUUAUUUCUUUUACCUAAUGUUCUGUGCCUUGGGAGGAGCAGAAGAAAAUUUUCAGCUGAAGUGAGUCAUCAAACGGAUGGCUACAAUGAAAUGCCAUCAUGGGAUGAUGAAACUGGCUUUGCUGAUUAUUUUGGUGAUGAAAAUAAUGGUGGUGACGUUGACGACUCAAAUGCACUUGUCUCUCAGCCUCGUCAGGUAAACAAGAUUGAAGUUCGGUAUGACCGAAGAUCCAAACAAGUUGAUGUUCAGGCACUAAAAGAAACUCUUUGGGAGUCUCUGCAACAAUCACAGGCACAGGGGAAUACGAUAUCUUUCAAGCACACCUUGGCUACCUUUCCUGAUGACUGCCGGGCAGUUGCAUCACUCGAGGACAUCUCACCACACUUGUGUUUUAUAUCUUUGCUCCACCUAGCGAAUGAGCACGGACUGAGUAUCCAGGGCAAUGAGAGUUUGGAUGAUUUGAGCAUCCACCUUCCACAAGAGCGAUGAUAUAUCAGAUGCAUCCACCACCUUGCGCUGCCCUCAUGUCCUUUGGUUUUGGCGGGUGUCGUGGAAACUGUAGCUUGGAGAAUCUAUAUAUGUAUAUAAAGUCAUAUUGUAACCUGUAAUUAGGACAAGGGACAGUAGAACAAAGUUGUGAAUAUUUUGGUGCCCCUGAUAUUGGCAAAUUUCUGAUUGAUAACUUCCUAUUCUCUUUGGUCACUUGCACAAUUUGAUUUGGAAACAGGACAGAAUGUAAAACAAAUUAAUUGUAUGCUUUUGGAUAUGUAUUUGUGGUUUAUUUCC